UUCUUUCAGAGGUGACAGAGGCCGUGGCCGUGGUGGGCGCUUUGGUUCCCGGGGAGGCCCUGGCAGCGGGUUCCGUCCGUUUGUGCCUCACAUCCCCUUUGACUUCUAUGUGUGUGAAAUGGCUUUCCCCCGGGUGAAGCCAGCCCCGGAUGAGACGGCCUUUAGUGAAGCCUUACUGAAGAGAAAUCAAGACCUUGCCCCAACUUCAGCUGAGCAGGCUUCAAUCCUCUCCCUGGUGACCAAGAUCAACAACGUGAUUGAUAAUUUGAUCGUGGCCCCCGGAACGUUCGAAGUGCAAAUUGAAGAGGUCCGCCAGGUAGGAUCCUACAAGAAAGGCACCAUGAUGACCGGUCACAAUGUGGCUGAUCUAGUUGUUAUCUUGAAAAUCCUGCCUACAUUGGAAGCCGUGGCAGCUUUGGGGAACAAGGUGGUGGAGAGCCUGAGAGCACAAGACCCGGCGGAAGUGCUGACCAUGCUGACCAACGAGACCGGCUUUGAAAUCAGCUCCGCCGACGCCACCGUGAAGAUCCUCAUCACCACGGUGCCUCCCAAUCUUCGCAAGCUGGACCCUGAGCUGCACUUGGAUAUCAAAGUGCUGCAGAGCGCCCUGGCCGCUAUACGGCACGCCCGUUGGUUUGAGGAGAACGCCUCUCAGUCCACGGUGAAGGUCUUGAUCCGCCUGUUGAAGGACCUCAGGAUGCGUUUCCCAGGCUUCGAGCCCCUCACACCCUGGAUCCUUGACCUGCUGGGCCACUAUGCCGUCAUGAACAACCCGACUCGGCAGCCCUUGGCUCUCAACGUCGCCUACAGGCGCUGCCUCCAGAUCUUGGCAGCCGGGCUUUUCCUUCCCGGCUCGGUUGGCAUCACCGACCCCUGCGAGAGCGGGAAUUUCAGAGUCCACACCGUCAUGACCCUGGAGCAGCAGGACAUGGUCUGCUACACGGCUCAAACCCUCGUCCGCAUUCUGUCUCACGGCGGGUACCGGAAGAUCCUUGGCCAGGAAGGAGAUGCCAGCUAUCUGGCUACGGAAAUGUCCACCUGGGACGGGGUGAUUGUGACCCCAUCGGAGAAGGCCUACGAAAAGCCCCCCGAGAAGAAGGAGGGGGAAGAGGAGGAGGAGAACCAGGAAGAGCCGGCGGCUGGGGAAGAAGAGGAGAGCAUGGAGACUCAGGAGUGAUCUCUCCGGUAAGGGCCUCAGUUUAAAGAGGAUUGCUGAGAGCGGGAAUUCAGGCUUCCUCUCGGCACCUCCGAAAAUCAGGGGGAGGCGGCGGCUUCUCUCUUAACUACCAAAACCAAGAUCACGUGGGAAUUAAUUCUUUUCCUACUACCUUGACAAAGUGGUCUCCAAACACAGCGGUUUUGUACGGUAACGGGCAGUGUUGGGAAGGAAGGUAAAAACGGGCGUUUAAAGCAUGUGUUUGCACCCAGUUUGUUUCUGUCUUCCAGGGGAACGUUCUCUGCCUUCAAUACUUGACGGAUGAACCAGCUGACGGAAAUUGUAGUCCAGGACCAAGCCUGGGUCCUCCUCUUGUUAUUUCUAUUGUCUUUGUUUUUAUAGUUCUGACCAUUAAAAAUUGUGCUUUCCUUUUAUAAA